GCGCGUAUAAGAAUAAUGGCAUGUUAUCCUGCACGAUCUGAAGCCAUGGUGGUAGAGAUUGAGCAUGAUAAUGAUGAUGAGAAGGGGAAUAAGAGAAACGAAGAGGGUAUGUGUAUGUAUAUGACAUGGAAGGAUGUGUGGGUGACUGCAUCAAUGGGAAACAAAGGAAGCAAACCAAUUCUUGCCGGUCUAACCGGUUAUGCCAAACCGGGCCAGCUAUUGGCCAUAAUGGGUCCUUCUGGUUCUGGCAAGUCUACCCUUCUUGAUGCCUUAGCAGGUAGAUUAGAUUCAAACACAAGACAAACAGGAGAGAUUCUCAUCAACGGUCGCAGAGAAGCGCUGGCCUAUGGAAUCUCGGCAUAUGUGACACAAGAUGAUACCUUAUUAACAACCUUAACGGUGAGGGAAGCAGUGCACUACUCAGCUCAACUCCAACUACCUGAUUCCAUGUCCAAGGCAGAGAAAAGAGAGAGAGCAGAAAUUACAAUAAGAGAAAUGGGUCUGCAAGAUGCCAUUAACACAAGAAUUGGAGGUUGGGGCAUUAAAGGAAUCAGUGGUGGUCAGAAGAGACGUGUGAGCAUCUGCAUUGAGAUCCUAACACGCCCAAGGCUCUUGUUUCUUGAUGAACCAACAAGUGGACUUGACAGUGCUGCUUCCUAUUAUGUCAUGAAAAGAAUUGCAAACCUUGUUCAGAAAGAUGGCAUUCAAAGAACCGUUAUUGCUUCAAUACAUCAACCAAGCACUGAAGUCUUUCAACUUUUCCAUAACCUUUGUCUUCUCUCUUCUGGUACAACUGUUUACUUUGGACCUGCCUCAACUGCUACUCAGUUUUUUGCUUCCAAUGGUUUUCCAUGUCCUGCACUCCAAAACCCUUCUGAUCAUUUACUGAAAACUAUAAACAAGGAUUUUGAUCAGGAUACUGACAUGGGUUUAUCUGGCACUAGAACAGUGCCUACAGAAGAAGCAAUUAGAAUCCUUAUAAGCGCAUAUGAAUCAUCUGAAAUUAACCAACAAGUUCAACAAGAAGUUGCAAUGCUAUCUAACCAGGAGACUAGAUCAGUAGAUCAUAAGAAGAGAAGGCGUGCUGGUUUCCUUAAUCAGUGCAUUGUUCUUACCAAAAUAUCAUGCGUGAACAUGUUUCGUGAUCUAGGCUAUUAUUGGUUACGUCUUGGAAUAUACAUUGCAUUGGCCAUAGCCACUGCCACAGUUUUCUAUGAUCUAGGUACAAGUUUCAGCACAAUUCAGGACAGAGGAGCACUUCUUAUGUUUGAAUCUUCAUUCAUAACUUUCAUGACCAUUGGUGGAUUCCCUUCCUUUGUGGAGGUCAUGAAGGUAUUUGAACGAGAAAGAUUGAAUGGGCAUUAUGGUGUUGUGGCAUUUGUAAUUGGGAACACAGUAUCUAGUGUGCCGUACUUGGUUCUAGUAUCAGUGAUUCCAGGAGCCAUAGCUUAUUACCUUCCUCAUCUUCAAAGAGGAUUCGACCAUUUUGUUUACUUCAUAUGUGUUCUGUUUUCUUGCCUCAUGUUGGUUGAAAGCCUAAUGAUGAUAGUUGCAAGCAUAGUCCCAAACUAUCUAAUGGGAAUCAUAAGCGGCGCCGGAAUCCAAGGAAUCAUGAUGCUGGCCGGAGGGUUCUUCAGAUUGCCCAAUGAUCUUCCCAAACCAUUUUGGAGAUACCCAAUGUUCUAUGUUGCAUUUCAUAGAUUUGCAUUCCAAGGAUUGUACAAGAACGAAUUUCAAGGGCUAAGCUUUGCAACAAAUGAUGGAAAUGGCUCCUACAUUAGUGGUGACCAGAUUCUGAGGGACAUGUGGCAAGUUGACAUGAGUUACUCCAAGUGGGUCGAUCUCGGAAUCUUGCUUGGGAUGAUUUUGGUGUAUCGAGUGUUGUUCUUCUUGAUCAUCAAGAUUACGGAGAAGUUGAAGCCAUUUUUUGUGUCAUUCAUUUCAGGGUCUCCCAAGCGAGAAACACUAGUGAUGGAGAAUAAUGAUGAUAACUCUGCACUAAGUCAUGAAGCAUAAACCCAAACAUAAAUCUAACUGUAUGCUUAUAAUUAUUUUCAAAUUAAAUCUAUAGUAGCUAGGUUUGUGAUUUAUUUUGGUGAUUUUAAUUUGUAUAUAUAUUAUUGUUGAUUGGUACAUAAGUAUUGUCUUGUAAACCAAUUUAGGUUGGUCGAGUAAUCAGUUCUCUCAUCCAAUUAGUUCAGGAAUUAUGCUUGAGUGUUGAAGGCAAGCUUCAGAUUUAUUCAUCCAUGGGCAAUGCAAUCUUGUAAUCCAUACGAUAAUCAUAACCACUAUUACUCAGUAUCUGAUCUCCUUAAAAAAGAAAUAAUUAUAUACAGUUCUUCUCAA